UAUUCAUGCAACAACAAAACAGGUCAUAGAACAAUGCGAUCUACAUAAACGUGCCACAUCCGUAGCGAUUAACACGUUGUUAUUCAUAUUAAUGGGUAAACGUGAACAAAUUUUACAUCAAAAAUUGUGUAACUGGUUGUAAGAUUUAAAAAACUUGACCUGGAGAUUUUCUUACUUAUCACCAAUCUCAUCUGCAGUAGCAGUCAGUUGUGUAAAAGUGACGGAACAAUUCUGAGUGCUGAAGGUCUGCACUUUUCAUUCUAAAUUCCAUAACAAAUCCAACCGCCAUGGACUACAAUUUCGAAGCCAAAGAAGUCGUGGAGCAGGGCAGGACGUCCCAAAAAGCCAUCGACUCCAUCAAGUUGUGGAUGAAGGACGAAGACCUACCCACGAUUCCGGAUCAAAUGGUGGUCAUCUUCCUGUUGUCCUGCAACAACCAACUGGAGUUCACCAAGAAAACCAUCAGGGCUUACUACAAGUGCAUGAAGAACUCCCCGGAGCUGUUCGACGACCGAAUUGUUGAACGAAAGGACUUGCAACUGGCUUGCACCACCGUGCAAAUGGUGAGCAUCCCCAAACGCACGGAACAAAACCACGCCAUACAUUUCUUUAAGUUGGUGGACGGGAGCUACAGCAACUUUGAGCUGGUGCCUAUAAUGAAGGCUUCGCUCAUGCUCUUGGAUGUCACCCAACAGAUUAACCCUCCGGAUGGCCUCAUCGUCAUCAUCGACAUGAAACCCUUUGGACUUAUGCACUUGACAAGGUUAAAGAUAGGAGCCAUAAGGAAGUACAUGCAGUUUGUGCAGGAGGCCUUUCCUUUACAGAUUAAAGCAAUACAUAUUUUAAAUGCCGUUUACUUCUUUGAUAAAAUCAUGGCCAUUCUAAAGACAGUGAUGAGCAGCCACCUCAUCGAUUUGAUGAAGAUACAUCCUUCAAGCCUUAACAUGGAGGAGUUUUACAAAAAAUACGUACCAGCAAAGUAUUUGCCUUCGGAUUAUGGUGGUGAAUUGUCUUCAAUGGAGAAACUUCACAACAUGACCAUGGAGAAGAUGGAGAGAAGGCAAUCGUUCUUUGAUGAGGAAGAACGUAACAGGAAAGUGUUUCGGUCUUAAUACAUCGUUCCUAGUUUAGUUUUAGGUUGCGUGAUUGCUCAAUUAUUAUAAUAAAGUUAUGAAUCCUAA